CUUUUUACUGCUGCACUGCAGGGGAAUCUACUCUAAAAAAAUGUUAAAAAUGGCGGGUUAAAAUCAUUAAAUGAUGUGUAAAUGGAUUAAGUUUGUUGCCUAGUAGAAAUGCCGUCCCAUUUGUCUACUCAGAGGGCUGAAGAUGAGAGCCAUUACCUACUUGUGGCCAAACUGGAUAACGCCCGCAAUGUUUCAACAAUACUCAAGUCCAUCCAUUUUAAAGAAACAGCUACUGUGUUUGCCAGUCCGCUGGGCCUGAAAGUCACAGUGGAGGAUUCCAAAUGUGUACAAGCCAACGCUUUCAUCCAGGAGAGCAUCUUCCAUUUCUACAGCAUUAAAGCAGAUCAGUUGGCAUUUAAAAUCAACCUCACAGUUUUACUGGAGUGUCUGACCAUAUUUGGCAGCAGUGUAAUCCCUGGAGUCAGCACAAGUCUCAAGAUGUGUUACGCUGGUUACGGCUGUCCACUCAUUCUUAUGCUUGAAGAAGACGGUGUACUCACAGACUGCAGCAUCAAGACUCUGGAGCCAGAUGAGGUUCUAGACUUUGAUUUUUGCAGUGCCAAUGUUGUCAAUAAAAUUAUCAUGAAGAGUGAGAGCCUGAAGGAGGUCUUCAGUGACCUUGACACCACCAGUGAAGUCCUGCAGGUCCUCAUGUCACCAGACCAGCCGUUCCUGCAGUUUUCUACUUUUGGCAAUGCUGGCAGCACACACUCAUCAUUUCCAAAAGAUUCUGAGAUGGUUGAAUCCUUCAUGUGUUCUCAAACACAGACCAACAGAUACAAAAUCAAUCUACUGAAACCGUCGGUCAAAGCCCUGACCAUCUCCACCAGGAUUUCCAUCAGAACAGACACCAGAGGCUUCUUGUCCCUACAGUACAUGAUCAAGAUAGAGGACGGACAAAUUUGUUUUGUUGAGUUUUAUUGUGCACCAGAUGAGGAGCCCACUGAAGAGAUAGACUCUUGAAGUCAAGACUCUUUUAAGUCAAGACUCUUGAUGUCUCAUUGUAAAAAAUUGUUGUGUAAAUAAAAUUGUAA